AGCUGAUCGGGACGGAUCCCCAGCCGCGAGUGCUUAUUUUGACAGGUCAAUCAUUUCGGAGUGAGAGCUGGACUGGGAAGAGUGUAAAUACUCCGUCAUGUCGGAACAACACAACCCCAACGUCGCGGCCGGGCUCGAGCCAAAUGGCAAUUUUUCAUGGGAUGAUUCCUUCGCAAGUGAAUCCCAAUCGAAGCGGCAGUCUUCGCACCAGGACAAGAAGAAGUACCAUUGCCCAUGCGGCAGCACCAUGUCUCGAAGCGACGUACUGUUGCGACAUAUUCGAAAGUGCCAGAUGGCCCGGGAUACACUUGAGAGCUCGGGUUCCACGUCAAGAAGGCCGUCUCGGUCUAAAACGGCGUGCAAUGAGUGUGCCGCCUCUAGACUGAAAUGCGACUCUCAAAAUCCUUGCUCAGGAUGCAAAAAGAAGUCAUUGAGGUGUGAGUACACAAGGAAAGGAUACUCGGAUCCAUACAAAGUCUUCCGUAUCCCAGCGGCAAAUCCUGUCGUGGAACAGGCACAACAGGCACCCGAGCCACACCCUCAUCAGCCUCAAAACAUGAAUGCAGAAUCUGCCGCCAGCAUUCUACCAACGCCGCCUGGCAAUACUAUAUCUGCUGCGGAACAAAGUGGUGUGCUGGAAUUCACCGGGUUUGAUUUUAAUACACCCUUCGAUCACACAAAUGCGACCCCCCUUUCAGGCUACAGCUCAGCCGGCAUGAAUGAUGCUUUCCUAGACCUAGACUGGGACUCAUUAUUAACGAAUUUAGACUGGCCGGAAAAUAUGGUCUCGGCAAACAAUGCCGCGACGGCUUCGUCAGAUUUUACCGAAAUAAGCUCAGUUCCGAAAGAGGCUGCAUGGAAUUUCACUGAAGGGCUUCAACUGCGGCAAAUCGACAGUGUCGAAGCCAAGUGUGUUGAGAUACAGAACUACAUAGGGGCGUUUCAGACGGGUAUUGACCAUACCAUUCUAUCCAAGUACAUAACUCGAGAUCGGCUGGUCGAUUGUGUCCAGCUCUACGGGAAAUGCUUCCAAUCCAUCCACCCCAUUCUUCAUUUGCCAACAUUUGAACUCACUAAGACGCCACCUGACUUACUUGCAGCCAUGAUGCUAGUGGGCGCUUGCUAUUCCAGCAACAUCAUUCCUCCAGCGAUUGUUGUACAGGGGGCAAUACAUAUGCUGCUUGUAUUAGAGUGCUCGUCGCACGAAAGAGCAAUGAACGCGCCCCCAUUAGCAUCAAUACAGGCCACUGCUCUAUUGUGUCAGCUCCUCAUUUUAACCCAGAACCCCCAAGCCUAUUAUUUCGCCACAAUGUAUAGAGCUCGCACCAUCUCGAUGGCCGAACGUGCAGGUCUUUUCUACGCCAGCGACACCCCAAGUCACUGGGAUUUGAAAGAGAGCUCCUUUGAUUGGUUUCAAUGGAGUCAAUUAGAGAUGCGAAAAAGACUUGCGCAUCACAUUUUUGUCGACGACAUUGGAGCCAAUAUGUUUACACGAAGCUCAUCACACAUAUCACCAUUCACGUUCUACGUCGACACACCAUGUUAUAAUGAUUGCUGGGUAGCCCCCACUGCGAAUGAAUGCCUAGAGAAGCUACGAAUCGCACCUCCUCCUAUUAAGGUAGCAACGGCUGUCAAAAGGCUUCGAUCGGCCUCCUCUCUACAGGGCAAUCAUCUUUUCGAUGCAUCAGAUUGUGGGAUGCUUGAAAUCAUAGUAGCGCUUCACAACGUACUGUUCCGCGCAAUGGAGGAGAGCUUGGAUGAUGAGAAUAAUGUGCCACUGGACGACGCCACCUCGUCAACCCAAUCAACAGAUGUGAAUUUCUCAGACUUACUGAAUCGCGACCUCCUCAAUUACGACAUUGCAAAUAUUGCCAGUAAGAUUGUCGGUAAAUACGGGUCCGCCUCUAUCAGACGCGUUGACGAUGCUCUCGAUGCCUGGCUGAGGAAUUGGAAUGCUCGUCUAAGGCGUGACAUCUACGACGAGAGACACGGCGCCUUCACUCAUCCAUUGAACUUCUGGCUCCUGGCUAAAUUGUUUGUCGUUCUGCACUUUUUUCGAAACCGUUAUCAAGGAAACGUCCCCGACAUGGGGGAGGAUGGCCAACCACAACGAGAUUCAGAACUGCAUGCAUUCUACAACAAUAAUGGAGCGGCCCAGGGUAGGUUGGCAAUCCAGAUGCAGGUGAUUGGUUGGCUAUCAAAGCUUAGAAAGCAACGAGAAGGAAGCUUGUUGUCUGGCGGGAGUUUCAUAUCGGAGGUUUUGAACAUGCAAUAGCGGUUAGUACACUUCGAAUGUAAAAGAGAAUGCUUUACUUAAUUCUAUAAUGAUAUCCCAAGUAAGUUUAGACGUAAAUA